UUUUUGCGUCACUUCCGGAAGAAGCAGUCCCAGUGAAAGCAGAGCUGUUGUUUUUGUUGAGUUUUUAUCAGUAUUUUUACCUCGUUGUCGCGGAACUGCUGUCAAGCUGAUAAACGGCUAACAUGUUUUCCUUUAACAUGUUUGAGCCUCAUGUGGGUCGGGUCUUCCAGAACCGCUUCUCCACACAGUACCGCUGUUACUCCGUGUCCAUGCUGGCUGGGCCCAAUGACCGCUCUGAUGUGGAGAAAGGAGGAAAGAUAAUCAUGCCUCCGUCGGCUCUGGACCAGCUGAGCAGACUUAACAUCACAUACCCCAUGCUGUUCAAACUCACCAACAAGAAUUCAGACAGAAUGACUCACUGUGGAGUUCUGGAGUUUGUGGCGGAUGAGGGCAUCUGUUAUCUCCCCCACUGGAUGAUGCAGAACUUGUUGUUGGAAGAAGGGGGUUUGGUCCAGGUGGAGAGCGUCAACCUCAUGGUGGCCACGUACUCCAAAUUUCAGCCCCAGAGUCCAGACUUCCUUGAUAUCACAAACCCCAAAGCUGUUUUAGAGAAUGCCUUGAGGAAUUUUGCCUGUUUGACCACAGGAGAUGUGAUUGCUAUUAACUACAAUGAAAAGAUCUACGAGUUACGAGUCAUGGAGACCAAACCAGACAAGGCUGUGUCCAUCAUUGAGUGUGAUAUGAAUGUGGACUUUGAUGCUCCUCUUGGUUAUAAAGAACCAGAGAGACACAUGCCGCAUCCUGAAGAGCCUGCUGAGGAGGAGCCAGAUCCUAGUGACUAUGAGAUGGACAUGGGCUUUAGAGCGUUUACAGGCUCUGGGAAUCGUCUGGAUGGAAAGAAGAAAGGCAUUGAGCCCAGUCCAGCACCCAUUGAUCCCAGCGAUAUCAAACGUGGAAUUCCAAACUAUGAUUUCAAAAUCGGACGGAUCACCUUCAUUCGUAACUCCAGACAACAGCCCCGCAGAAUAGAGACGGAUGAUUCUGCGAGUAACUUCAUCGCUUUUUCUGGUGAAGGACAGUCUCUGCGAAAAAAAGGCAGAAAUCCUUAAAUGCACACGGGACACAUCCGAAAACUCCUUCUACUGCUUGGUUAUUUGAGCUGUUAUUGAAUUCUCAAGUAAAUGAUCGAGAUACUCAGUUUGGACAGUUAUUCCAUAAGACAUUUGCCUGACUUUUCUGACAUUUUUUAAAAACGUUACAAACGUUGAUUUGCUUAUGGUUUGCUGUGUUAAAUCUUGUUUUUUUUAAUUGACCAAACCCUUUUCUUUAGUACAUUUCUAUGCAUAUUUCUCCAAAUAAUUUAAAUAAAGAUUAGGCUGAAAUUCA